GAGCUCACAUGCUUUUUGUGGCUCUGUCUCUCAGAGCACUGCCUCCCAAAAAAGACGCUGCAUCAUGGGGCCCGCACUUCGCUAUGUUCCCCUCUGAUCCCUCUCUUAAGGCCUGAACAGCAGCUGGGGAGAUUAGAGAGGAGAGGACACUGACACACACACAAAGGUUCUUCCUCACAGCGAAACAGGCAGUCAGGACAGAUCGGGUUGAGACAGGAGUGGAUGCUCAUCAUCACAAGCACCCAGCUAGAGCGCGAACGUCCAAACACCUUCCCUGGAAAAGAUCUCCUUGACUGGACUUAUUGGACUUAUGUCCUUGGCUCACCAGCCGCCUCACAACGGAUCUCGUCUCUUGUUGGAUUCUCUAUCUCAAUAUUUCUCCUUUAUUUUGGGGUAAACUCUGGGUCACAUGCGACUCCAAAACCGGUCUAUCUGUGUUAUCUCAAAGUGAUUCUUACUGGUCUGUGCGGCUCCCGCUUUGGCCAUGAGUUGUUUUGGAUACAGACGAGAGCUGAGCAAAUACGAAGAUGUUGACGAGGACGAGCUUCUGGCUUCCCUCAGCCCCGAGGAGAUUGCCGAGCUGGAAAAGGAGCUGGCGGACAUCGAUCCUGACGCCAACGUGCCCAUCGGACUCAGGCAGAGAGACCAGACGGACAAGACCUCGACGGGCACCUUCAGCAGAGAGGCCCUCAUGAAGUACUGGGAAAGCGAGACACGUAGACUGCUGGAGGACGAAAUAGGUGGAGGAAGCCCCAAACUGGAUGAAGAACAGGAGGAAGACGAGGAGUGUGUGACAGAAGAAAACAGUGAAGCAGAGGAUGACAAAGAUGAUGAAAAUGAGAAAGAACAGAAAAAAUAUCAAAGGAAGGAAGAAGAGGAGGAAAAACAGAAUGAUGAAGAUGAAGAAGAAGAGGAAGAAGAAGAAGAAGAAGAAGACAGUGAGGAAGAGGAGGAAGCUGCAACAGAGGAGGAGGAGGAGGAGGAGGAGGAGGAGGAGGAAGAGGAGGAGGAAGAGGAGGAACAAGAAAAUAAAUCAAAACUUGAACCCUCAAAAGAUUCUGGGACGUCAUGGGCCGAAACCGCAAAACUACUAAAACCUCAGAGGGUGGAGCCUGUUAGACUGACUCCUCCCCCUCCACCUGCUGACACCAACGCGACCGGAAACCCGACGGUUGUUGACGAAGCUCUGCAACGAGUCCUGAGCGACGAUCCUGAACUCACAGAGGUCAAUCUCAACAAUAUUGAAGACAUCUCACAGGACACCCUAAUCCGAUUCGCUGAAGCCCUGCGGUCCAACACACACGUGCAGAUCUUUAGCCUCGCGAACACUCACGCCGACGACCCUGUGGCCCUGGCCACCGCUAAGAUGCUGAGGGAGAACUCGUCCAUCACCAGCCUGAAUAUAGAGUCCAACUAUGUGACUGGAAAGGGCGUAAUGGCGCUGGUUCAAGCCCUUCCAGGAAACAACACCCUGACUGAGCUUCGGUUCCACAACCAGAGACACAUGUGUGGAGGACAGGUGGAGAUGGAGAUGGUGAAGAUUCUGAGGGACAACUGCACCUUGAUCAAGCUGGGAUACCAAUUCAACCUCCCUGGUCCCAGGAUGAGCAUGACUGGGAUCCUCACCAGGAACCAGGACCGCAAGAGACAGAAACGGCUUCAGGAGCAGAGGCAGCAGCAGCAGCAGCAGCAGGGACAACAAGGGGGGACAGAGGGAGCCGUCAACCCCCGGACCACUGCACUAAGAGGAACACCUAGUUCAUCACCCUACAGCUCACCUUGGUCCUCACCCAAACUCCCCCGUCGUGACCUGCCGAAGAAGCAGACCCCACCUGCUCCACCUCCUCCUCCGCCACCACCUCCUCCUCCACCACCUCCCCCGCCACCGCUGCCUCCCCCGCAGAAAGAGAAGACGAAGCCCACCAGGAUGAUCGCGGAGGUCAUCAAGGCGCACGAGGCGGGCAGCAAGAAGUCGACGAAGGCCAAGGGGAAGAAAGGCAAGAAGGGCAAGCAGAAAGACGAGACCAGCAGCAUCCUUAAGGAGCUGAAGAACGCGCUGAGGCCCGUGUUGCUGGAGAGGAGGGGGGCAGAGGAGGUCAGCCGGCCUUCCACGCCACUGAGGUCAGCCCACGACCAGCUGAUGGAGUCCAUCCGCAGCAACAGCAUGUGCAACCUGAAACGGGUGGAGGUUCCACCUCAUCUACGAUAGUACAAGCGUGGAUAAAAGAGGGCCAUUCGUUACUGUGGAAAUCUGAUGAUGAUGAUGGAGCGACUAACAGUGAUGAAGGUGAAAACACGCUGAGAUGUCUGACGAGGCACAAACUGAUUUCUUACUCAUUCAAAAAAAAUAUACUGGAUAUUUGCACUGCAGUAAUCGCUUUACAUUUUAAUAAUGUUGACGUUUAAAAAAAAAAAAGUAUUCGUGCAUCUAGACAACGGCAUUUUGAAAUGAGCUGAACUGUUUACUGGUAAUUUGUCUACUUCACUGUAAAAUUGUAAAUACGAUGUGUUGUUGGUUGAACUGUAUGUUGAAAUAUAACCAUUUGGUGUUUUCA